AUUUUUUUAUCAUAUAUUCUUCAUGAAGAUCUUGUUUCUUUUCUUCUCUUGGUGUGAGCAGGAUGAAAAUGGUGGGUGUGUAUCUGGAGUGCUGAUGAGGGAUUUUUUCCAAUGGGAACUGCUAUCAGUAGGGCUGCAAAUGCAAUUGGUGGAAUUCUUGGAAGUGCUUUUGUUGCUCCAUUUAAGACCAUAUUCGGGGGAUCAUGCGAGGGUAUCUGUGCUGGAACAUGGGACAUUAUGUGUUUUAUCGAACAUUUAUGUAUAUCCAAUCUGGUGAAACUGUUAAUGGUAUUGGGUCUCAUCUAUACAACUUUGAUGUUCAUGUACCUUCUUUUCAAAGUGGGGAUAAUCCAAUGCAUUGGAAGAAGUCUCUGUAAAAUGUGUUGGGCUUCAUGUGAGACAUACUGGUUUGCAUUAGAAGAUAUCAGUUGUUUUCUGUGGCACAAAUUAAAGAACACCAAGCGGGUAUACCGCCGCCGCCGUCGUCACUUCCCAGAUGUUGAAGAAGGAUAUAGCUCAAUUGAUGGUAAUGAAUCUUCAAACAAUUACGAGAGCUCGAGUCUGAGUAGAAAGCAAUCGGUAAGAGAGAGAAGAAAGGAUCGGAUGCAGAUGUCUCUAUACCCUGUGAGGCGUACGUCCAAAUAUAAGUCCAUGAAUCGCAGUCGACGUCAUAAUGUGCGGUGGAAGACAAGUGAACUGUCAGUCCAUGUGAGGAGUGGGUCUGGGAGAUUACGGAACUCAAGGAAAUUUCAAGUAAGGAAGGUAGGUAAAUUGGGAAGAGGGUGUAAGCUAUUUAAGAAGAGGAGGAUCAGGUGAUCCUAUCUUAACUGUAAUUUUUCUAUAUUGUUUUACAAGUUAGAAAUGUCAUUCAAUAGAA